AUUGCAAUGAAUUCGUUGGAUCAAGUGGUCAAUUUGAAGGUAAGGAUUACAAACCUUCUAGAUGAGUCGAUCUCGGGCACUAUUCAUGCAUUUUCACUAAAACAAAGAGUCUUAGCACUCAAACUUACACCUACACAGGCGGGUAAGUCCACACCAUCUUUGCAGCCCGUGAAUGACCUGUACAAGAUCAUGAACACUUCCUUCAUAAAAUCUAUCACAGUGCUUCCACCGUUCCCAAAAAAACACCAACGUUCACUUGACCAACCAGCGCAUGUUCCUAAACUUAAUGUGGCCAAGCUCGAAGAAGCUUUAAACCAGAUGCUAUCCAAAGCGAACCAGACUAUGCCCAAACAUUCACCCCAGCCAAGUCCUGUGCCGACGGGCAUCAAGAAGAGCGAGUCUCCAGCUUCAAAAGUUUACGCGAAACUUUUGGUGAAAUUAGGCAAAGAGAACGUCCAGUGGCAAGGAAAUGAUUCGAUUUUAUUGUUCAAGGAGGUGGCGGUUUCCAAGCCCUACGCGCUCAGUAGAAUCAGCAAUUCCAAACGGACACAGUCUUCCAAAUAUCUCGAAAAAGCAAAGACAGCUUUAAGAGAGAUAUGGUUGGCCGACGACAACUCUACCAAAGGCGGCUAA